UUUCUUUCCCAGGUGUUGACUUUAAGAUGAAGACCAUAGAGGUGGAUGGCAUCAAAGUGCGAAUACAGAUUUGGGACACGGCGGGGCAGGAGAGGUAUCAGACCAUCACAAAGCAGUACUACCGACGGGCGCAGGGAAUAUUUUUAGUCUACGAUAUUAGCAGCGAGCGCUCUUACCAGCACAUCAUGAAGUGGGUCAGUGAUGUGGAUGAGGUAGGAGAUGCCACCUCACUGCCGGGGGUGGGGAAAGGGCACCUCAGAGGGGAAGGCAAAGUGAGGGCCAGAUGGGACGGGCUGAAGCUCUUGGGGUUGGCGGGCAAACACUACCAGGACAACUUGGCUUCCACAGCCCUGGACGAAGACCUCUGGGUGAGUAAGACAUGGGGAGCAAGCCCAAGCUACCAUGCCCUCUGUGCUUUGCUCCCUCCAGGCCUAUGGCUGUUUCUUCCCCGGCAGGGAACUUAGGUUGAAGCCUACCCUGUCGCCAGCUUCCUUUUUGAAAUCUCAGGACCUGGUGGCAUUGUGAGACUGGGUUAUCAUUUUGGCUCUGCCAC